GACAAAAACCACUUGAGAAGAGAGUAGGUUGAGCAACAAAAUACAUUUUCUUUCCUUUUAAUCCUUAGUGCCAUCUCCACCAUAUUUGAAAGUGGGAAUUAACUUUAAUGUCAUUUGAUCAACAAUAUGAGCCACUUUAUUUGCUAUAAAAACAUGAAAUCUGUCGAUGGUUUUAUUCAUUGCAGUAGCUGAAAAUGGAGGCCUCAACCAAAUGCAUUUGCUUUCUAGCUUUUCUUGUAAUUUUAGGGAUCAAUGAGCUGAGUUUGCAGGUUCAUGGGGCUGGUGAGUGUGGGAAACGUACUUCCCCUGACAACGAGGCUUUCAAGCUAGCACCAUGUGCAUAUGCAGCGCAAGAUGAGAACGCUUCAGUUUCCAGCCGAUGCUGUGCUCAGGUGAAAAAGCUUGGCCAGAACCCGGCCUGCCUCUGCGCUGUCAUGCUUUCCAACACUGCAAGAAGUUCCGGGGUGAAGCCAGAAGUGGCUGUGACCAUUCCCAAGCGAUGCAACAUUGAUAGCCGCCCUGUUGGUUACAAGUGUGGAGAGUACACUUUGCCUUGAAGACAUUUCACCCUACGCUUGUUUUGAGUGGUUGUUGGCAGUUUGUUAGUAAAAGAAAAUUGCUAAAAUUUGUGUGUUUUUAGCCAGUUCUAGUUUUUACUUGGGACAUCCAAAUGCCUAAUUAUAAAUAAAUGGGCUGGUGUGUGUUUAACUGUUUCCUUGAAUAAUAAAACUUCUUUGCUUUCUA